CUGUAAUAUUCAACAAUCUUAAGGUAGUAUAAUGGAGUUCGGAUUCGGCAUCGUGGGUUCCUCCGACAACGGAAUAAGUUCCGAAAUUCCGGUGGAAACCUCUUCGGUCGCCAUGGUUGUGCCGUCCUCACCACUACCCUUCGGGGCAAGUGUGGGGGCCGCGACCAUGACGUCGUUUUCAAUGCCGAGCUCGAUCUUCGGGUCGGCCCUUCGACCCAUUCCCGGGCUCGAAACCACGGGGGAUCACCCCGUCGGUAAUUCGAACCCGUUUCUCGGACCGACUAUGGCUUUGGCCUCGACGGUCAACCUUGGACCGAACACGGGUUUCCCCACACCGGUCAAUCCAUUCGUUGGACCCCAUUGGGCGACUAACGGGCCUUUCCUCCACACGCCCAAUGCGGUUGGGCCGAUUACAGUGCCCGCUAGUUCGGUCCAAAGGCCACCGAAGUUCAAUGGCACGAACUUCAAAAUGUGGCAACAAAAGAUGAUGUUCUUCAUGACCGUCUUGGGAUUUGCUGAGUACCUGCAGCAAGAUCCCCCCCAGCCCAAUGAAGCCAAUGACCCUCUCGUGGCGAUGGCGAACCAAGCAUGGUACCACAACAACUAUCUCGCUAUCAACAUUAUCCUGGAGGGGUUGGGAGAUUUGAUGUACCCCGUCUACGCCGGUGCAACGCUCGCCAAGGAGCUUUGGAAUAGCUUGAACAAAAAGUAUCAAGCUGAAGAUGCCGGCACAAAGAAGUUCAUCGUCGGGAAGAUGCUGGACUACAAGAUGGUCGACAGCAAAUCUGUUGUCGCCCAGGCUGAGGAGCUUACGGUAAUCUUCAACAAGUGCAAUGAAGAAAAAGUAGGCGUCAGCGAGGCCUUCCAAGUGGCGGCCAUCAUCCACAAACUUCCCAGGUCGUGGGAAGACUUCCAAGCUGACCUCAAGCUCAAGAGAACGGAGCUGAAUCUUGAGCAACUGCUCACGCGGUUUAGGAUCCGAGAGGAAGGGCUUGCUAGAAGAAAUGGAGGGGCAAAGGCGAAUGUUGUAGAACACCCGUCGGGCUCUUCACAUGGCGGGAAGGACAAAAAGAAAAUGGGUCCUAAGGGUGGUGUUUCAAAAUUUGCGGGGAAAUGCUACAACUGUGGCGUUACCGGGCAUCGUUCCUCUGAUUGUAGGAAAAAGAAGCCACAAAAGGGAAAGAAGAAACCCACUGAAGCCAUGUGUGCGGAGCUUGGAAACUUGGACCUCUGCGCGGUCAUCACCGAGGUGAAUCUCGUCGGGUCAAACCCGAGGGAAUGGUUUGUGGACAUAGGGGCCACACGCCAUAUUUGCUCAAACAGGAGCAUGUUUCAUGACUUCCAGGAGACCUCCGGUGACAAGUACAGUUCAAAGACAUCACGUUCUACUGAACAGCCAGUAGAGAAGGUAUACUUUACAAGGAGUAGGUUCAAAGGCAUAAAACCUACCUACUCUUGCAGGUCCGACAACUUCCCAUCUCCGGUCAUCAUCUCCAGUGAUAGCUCUUCGUCAUUCUCGUUCGCCGGUGCUUUGUUCUACUGCUCUAGACCUAGCACGAAGCGGUUUUAUCCUGGGAGGAGAUUGCCCACGUUAGCCAGUGCGGGAGGCGGGCAAUACUACCUUAAGGAAAGCUCCGGCGACUCCGCUUUCCAUAUCCUUCUUUCAUAAACUACUCCGGCGUUCUUCCUCCCUUCAUCCGACGUCUCGUUCACGCGCCCGUCCGUUCGCGUUCCGGCUUCCGUUCGAGCUUCCGAAGACUUCAAGUUUAUUUUUCUUUUUAUUUUUGUUGUAAAAUCCAAACGUUUUAUAAGUUCGGAUUAAUCUUAUUUUUCCCGCUGUAAUAUUCAACAAUACUUUUGUUGAGGUUUUUAAGUACUCCCUCCGUCCCUAAAUUAUUUAUUCUUUACGUAAAACGUAGUAAAGUCUCAAAUUCUUU